AUGUAUAUUGGUUACACCGCUCCUAUCGUGGUUUUUGUGCUUUCAGUAAUUGUGUCAUAUAUAUUUGUGAUGAGUCCAACAGCUCAUGAGAUGGCAAACAAUGGAUAUGUGUUUAUUUCAAGUGCUGCAAAGGCCUAUGCUGUAUGCCAAAGAGCCUCAAAGUUAGUGCAAAGAGUUUUGUAUCUAAGAGUUAAGGAAAACACUGAAGCGUCAUUGCCUAUGCUAAGCAAACAAAUUGAAAAUGUUUAUUGUAAGGCGACGUCUCAUUACAAUCAUUUAGAUGUAAGACUGAUAUUGAAACAAGGUGGAGUGAGAAAUGAGAACACAAACUUUCCAAUUGACCUAGUACUGUAUGAUAGUGAAUUAUCUAGUGAUAUAGACAGCCUGAAGAGCUCUGUGAAUACUAUAAGAAGUGGUUGUAGAGUCCUAAACCUUGAUGUUGAUGAAGAACCUGUCGGCAUUUUAGAAAAAGUAAGAACUUACGAGAAUGUCGUUUUGGGUGGUACCUUCGACCGGUUACAUAAUGGACAUAAGUUGUUGCUGUCACAAGCUGUGUUGCGAGCCACUAAGUCGGUAACUGUCGGAGUUACUGACGUCAACAUGUUACAAAUUAAAACUAUACCGGAACUAAUACAACCGGUAGACAUAAGAAUAAAAGAAGUACGUGAUUUCCUAAUGGACAUCAAUCCGGACUUGGAAUACAAUUUGUUUCCCUUAAAGGACCUCUACGGCCCAACGAAAGAUGAUCCUAAAUUUCAGUUAAUAGUGGUAAGUGAGGAAACGGUUCGAGGAGCUAAUAAGAUAAAUGAGAAGCGAGAGGAGAAGGGAAUCCCACCGAUGGACGUCCACGUGAUAAAUGUCAUAGAGGACUCUCAUGCGUGCACUACCGCCGCCGAAGAGUGUAAGGUCAGCUCCAGUAACCAGAGGAUGAGAAUGCUGGGCAAAAUCAUAAGGGAACCAAAACCUAAUCCCAACAUCCCGGAUUGGCCGUACGUGAUUGGAUUGGCCGGGGGUAUUGCCAGCGGAAAAACUCGUAUUUUGCAAAAAUUAAAGGAAAAAGGCGCAGCAAUUUUGAACUGUGAUACUAUCGCUCACGAACUGUACAAACCGGGACUGCAACUCAACCGUACGAUAUCUGAGAAUUUUGGCAAGGAAGUUAUCACAGAAGCCGGAGAAGUGGACAGGAAGAAGCUUGGAUCUAUCGUUUUUAGUGAUAAGAAACAAUUAGAUAAACUGAACAGCUUAGUAUGGCCAGAGGUGAUAGCGGAGGCGCAGCGUCGCAUCAAAGCUUUAGGUGAACAAGGCCACCGUGUCGUGGUCAUGGAGGCGGCCGUGUUGGUGCGAGCCAAGUGGUACAAGUACUGUCAUCAACUGUGGUCCGUUAUCGUACCGAGGGAUGAGGCGAUAAAAAGGAUACAGAAACGAGACAACCUCUCAGCGGAGGAGGCGGCCAAGAGAGUGGACUCCCAAGUGUCUAACGAGGACCAUGUGGCCGUGGCCAAUGUAGUAUUCAGUCCGAACUGGAGCACAGACCACACGGACACACAACUUGAAGGUGCAUGGAAAGAACUGCAAGAGUAUCUAGCUAAGAGAAAGUAG